AUGGUGAUCACCUUCCACCGAAUCCAGACUGGCAUUAUUGUCCAAGCUUCAGAAGGAUUUGUCUGCGAUGAGUGCCAAGUGAUUGUUGAGGACAAGGAAAAGCAACAGGAAAUCCGUGACUUCCUUUCACAGAACGUCUGCAAGCACAUCCCACGCUACCAAGGAAUGUGUGACAUGCUCAUUGAACAGUUCCUUCCCGAGAUGUUCCAGGAGCUCGACACUAUGUUGAAGGACCCCAAGGCUGCUUGUGCUGAUGUUGGUUUCUGCCCGCGUACCAGCCCACCACGCAAGCUGGUAGGAUUCAUCGGUUUCCUGUCACGUCUGUAA